AUGGGGUCAAAGAAGCAAUUUGUGAGUGAGGAAAUUGUAACAGAAAUCUUGUCAUGGGCUCCUGCGAAAUCUCUUUUACGCUUCAGAGCAGUGUGCAAAUCAUGGAACAUGUUAAUAUCAAAUCCUUCUUUCGUCAAAUUGCACCUCCACAGGUCUGCCACUAAUGACGACUUGACUCGUCUCCAAAUAAUACCAAAAUCUCAGUUCCAUGACUUGCAUGACCACAACUCUAGAGAUGUUUGUCAGCACGUUAUGUGUGUCAAGCACUCUGUCGUAGGUUCCUGCAAUGGGUUGGUUUGUGUGGUUCUUGAGAAUAUUGAACAAUGUGGGGUCUAUUUGUGGAACAUUGCAAUGAGGUUAAGAUCUCAAAAGUCACCACCUAUUUCCUUUGGUGAGGGUUUUGAGCUUGAAUCUAUUAGAUUCGGGUUUGGCCAUGAUAAUUUAAGUGACACUUACAAGGUGGUAGCAUUGCUUUUGGGUGUUGAUAGUUUGGAGGACACACUAGAAGUGGUGGCAAAAGUUUAUAGCACAGGUGAUAGUUGCUGGAGAGACCUUGAAAGUUUUCCAAAUCUUAAUUAUAUAGAGCAUGGUAUAGAUGAUGGAGUGUAUGUAAAAGGAACUCUUAAUUGGAUUGGGAUGGUUCAUUACUUUACUUAUGAGGAGGUUGUUAUUGAAGCUGAUUUGGUAAUUGUGUCGCUUGAUCUAGGAAAGGAGACAUGCAGGCCACUGUUUUUGCCUGAUGGUCUUGGCCCUACUAAGCCAACUCUUGGUGUUUUGAGGGACACCCUUUGUGUUUGGCACGAUUGCAACACUCAUUUUAUCAUAUGGCAAAUGAAAGAAUUUCGAGAUAACAUGUCUUGGAUUCAGUUAGUGAAUGUUAGUUAUUUCAAUCUUCAAAUUGAUCCUACGCCAAUUCAUUCAAUGAUACCAUUGCACAUGUCUAAAAAUGAAGAUGUCUUGAUACUGUCAUCUGUUCGUGGCCUUGAAUGGGUAGCAAUUCUGUAUAACCCGAGGAAUCAUAGAUUGAGGCGUUUUCCAAUUCCCAAUCACAGAAAUAUGGUCCAUUUCGAACCCAAGGUUUUCACAGAAAGCUUGGUUAUUCCUUGUUGA